UACGAAGAUUGAGUUUGUCAAAAUUACGUAAACUCACCUUAAAGAAAAAUAAUCGUAUUCAAUUAACGCCGGCUUUUGAGUACAUAACGAUAUUUCCACAUUAACAAAAGAAAUAAUUAAUGUUUCGUAAAAUGCAAUUUUUACUUGCACGAACAUCAGUGUUUUCUUCAUUUCAGCUAAAUAUUGUAUGCAAAUACAAAAUUAAAAAAUUAGUACCAUUCUUGAUAAAGACAAAGUAUAAAACAAAAAGUUCGUGUUUUCGACCUAUUUCGUUAACUUUUGCAAGAGUCUGACAACCAAAAACAAUGAUUCGUUGGUUGCUACUUGUAGCACUAGCUGUGCCAUCGUUAUCUUCGGCAUCCUGGAGACGUCGUCCAGCACAGCAACGACAACCCAACACCGUAAAUCCCAUGGUCAGGAACAUGUACAACAUGUACAACGUGUACGGCAUGCUUCGCGAAGAUUCGAACGAGAACGCUCAAGAGGAGCUCGAUGACGUGACGCCAUCCAAUCAUACCGAAUACGACUUCAUAGUUGUCGGCGCCGGAACGGCUGGUGCCGCUGUAGCCGCGAGGCUCAGCGAAGUCCCCGACGUUAGCGUUCUCCUCAUCGAGGCUGGACCAAGAGAGAACCGGCUGAUGGAAAUACCCAUGGUUGCUGCGUACCUGCAGUUCUCCGACUCGAUCAAUUGGAACUACAAGACCCAACCGUCGGAAACUUCUUGUCUAGCCAUGAAGAAUCACCAGUGCAAAUGGCCCAGGGGCAAGGUCAUGGGUGGCUGCAGCGUCUUUAACUUCAUGGCGGCAACGAGGGGUAACCGAAGAGACUACAAUGGCUGGGCGGCCAUGGGUUGCGACGGUUGGUCCUUUGACGAAGUGCUGCCCUACUUCAUGAAGCUCGAGAACUUCGAGGUCACCGAUACCCCGGUCGAGAAGGGAUAUCACAGCACCGGUGGACCGGUCAACAUUGGAAGCGCACCCUACAGGACGCCUCUGGCCACUGCUUUCCUAGGUGGAGCUCAGGAACUGGGAUAUCAAAUAGUGGACUACGAUGGCAAGGAACAGAUUGGAUUUUCCUAUCUGCACUCGACUGUCAAGGAUGGCGAGAGAUUGUCCAGUAACAGGGCGUACCUGCAUCCUGUGAAGAACAGGACCAACCUGAUAUUGUCCAGAAACAGUAGGGUCGACAAGGUUCUCAUAGACCCCAGUUCAAAGAGAGCUUACGGAGUUCUGUUCAUCAAGAGACACGAGGUCAUAGAGGUUCGAGCCAAGAAAGAGGUGAUAGUCUGCGCCGGAGCGGUCAAUUCGCCAAAGCUCCUAAUGCUUUCUGGAAUCGGCCCAGAGAGACAUUUAUACGACCUAGGUAUCGACCUGGUCCAGAAUUUGCCUGGGGUAGGGGAGAAUCUACAAGACCACUUAUCCUACUGGAACCUAAACUUUCUUAUAAACGAGACGGCGAGCAUCAGAUCGAUGGAAUUGAUGUACCCUACCGAUAUUACCGUGGACUUCGCGGGCGACUAUAUGAAGACUAAGAAAGGUCCGUUUUCGGUGACCGGAGGAAUUGAGGCCUUGGGAUUUGUCAAUGUGGACGAGCUUAGCUCCACUGAGACGUAUCCCAACAUUGAGAUUCUGUUCGCUGGACUAUCAGCAGCUUCUGAUCCGCUGUUUCACAUGCUUCUGGGCUUGUCUGAGGAGCACUACGACGCCACCUAUAGGAACAUGCUUGGCAAAGAAUCCUUCAUGAUCCUGACGACUUUAAUAGCGCCAAAGAGCCGUGGACGGAUCCUAUUGCAAAGCAAGAGACCAGAAGAUGAUCCUGAAAUAUACGCAAACUACUUCAGCAACAAGGACGAUGUUAGGGUCUUCCAGAAAGGAAUCGAGCUGUCGAUCCAGUUGAGCAAGACCAGAGCGAUGCAGAAAUUCAACGCUACCUUAUCCGACAAUCCGAUUUUGGGGUGUGAACAUUUCGUGAAAGGCUCAGAUGCCUAUUGGGACUGCGCAAUCAGAAGUUUCUCUUCGACACUGUAUCAUCCGGCUGGAACUUGUAAGAUGGGACCUGUUAAUGACGUCAUGGCAGUCGUCGAUCCGAGAUUAAGGGUAAUCGGCAUCGAUGGGUUACGUGUUGCGGAUGCCUCGAUCAUGCCAAUGAUCAUUGCCGGCCACCCGAACAUUCCUAUUAUGCUGAUCGGCGAAAAACUCGCUGACAUGGUAAAAGAGGAUUGGGACUUAUUGUCGAACAACCAAGUUCGCAAAAAUAGAUCCUGGGAUCGUAUGUUUGCCCGUAAUAGAAGAAGCUAAAAGAGACAUAUGUAUAAUUGUGAACUAAACCGUAAAUCAAUAACUUAAUGUAAACGAAUACUGCGUGAAAAUAUAAUGAGAAAAGAAAUCGCAUGCGUAACCAUGUUUAAGUUUGAAAAAUUAAUAACAACAUGAUUUCUGCACAUAAAUGAAUCCAUCACUCAUAUUACGGUAUGAACGACAUUGAUAUUCAUCCGACUUAAAAAUGUAAAUAAUUCAUUUAGUCUAACAGUGAAUAGCGUAAAAUAAAACAUUAUAUACGUAAA